AGCAGUAUUCAUUGAGCUCCAAAUUUCUAAACAUGGCGACUAAAAUUUUCAUGGAUUUACCUGGAGGUGUCAAAAUGCCAGCCAUUGGUCUUGGCACUUGGCAGGCUACCAACGAGGACGAAUUAGCAAAGGCUUUGGACACAGCAUUAGAAAUAGGUUACCGCCACAUCGACACUGCUUUCUCCUAUGGAAACGAAUUAAUAAUCGGCAAGGUACUUAAAAAGUGGUUCAAUUCAGGCAAGUUGAAAAGAGAAGACCUCUUCAUCACCACUAAGCUUCCUAUUUUCGCUAUAAAAGCUGAAAAGGUUGAAGAAUUGUUGAUCACUUCUUUGAAAAAUUUAGGCCUUGAUUAUGUGGACUUAUACUUAAUACAUUUUCCAGUUUGUUUAAAACUGAACGAAGGAGAACCAUUUCGUAGAGACCUUACAAAAUAUGAAACUGAAGUCACUGAUCACAUAGCAGUGUGGAAGAAAAUGGAGGAGCAAGUAGAUGCUGGUCGUACUAAAACAAUAGGUAUUUCUAAUUUCAAUAAAAGACAAAUUGACAACAUUCUUAAGUCGAAUCCGAGGAUCAAGCCUGCGAACUUGCAAGUUGAACUACACGUCUACAUGCAACAACAAAAUUUGGUACUAUAUUGUCUUGAAAAUGGAAUCACAGUCACGGGCUAUUCGCCACUUGGUUCUCCUGGUAUGAACAAAUUCAUGGAGUCAUUUGGCAAACCAACUAAACCAUUGCCUGAUAUGUUGCAUGAUGAAAAGAUCAAACAAAUAGCCUCUAAACACAAGAAAUCAAACGCACAGAUUAUGUUACGAUAUUUAAUACAAAGGAAUAUUAUUGUAAUUCCAAAAAGUGUAUCUCCUGCAAGAUUACAAGAGAACAUUAAUAUAUUUGACUUCAGUUUGGAUGAUGAAGACAUGGAUACCUUAAAUUCUCUGGAAGUUGGCGUAAGUGCAAGAGUUUGCGAUUGUAAGGCGUUCCCAGGGCUGGAAGAAAAUGCAGAAUGGCCAUUUGAGUAAUAGUUGCAACAUUCUUUUAAAAAUUAAAUCAUUUUUAUUAGACUGAACAUUGUACUGAAUAAAUUUGUUUCAAUUCUUUAA